AUGGAGCGCUACGUGCUGCUCCUGAGCUGGGGCGAGCGCCGGGCAGAGGGCGGGCCCGCGGCAGCGACCGCCGCAGCUGGGACUGCUGCAGACAUGUAUCAGUUCCUGAAAGAAAGUUAUAAUGCAUCGUUAAAUGCAGAUGUGAGCGUAUUCCCAGCGUGCUCAGUGGCUGGUAUUCCAGGUGCAAAGAAAUGGUAUUUUGCAAGUCAUGUCAUUUGUGGUUAUUAUCAGUUCUGCAGUUCUGAUUGGGAGGAAGUAAAUGUUGACACACCGAAAAAUGACGACUCUCACCAGGCAAGCAUUGAUGAGAACCUGGGAACCACACAAAAUUUUGAGGAAGAUGACAGUAACAGUCGGGAAUCACUGUCUCUGACUGAUAUCUAUGAUGAAGCUGCUGAAAGUCUGCAUCAAUUAGCUGAUAAAUUGCCUGCCCCAGGCAGAGCAAUGGUUGAUGUAAUCCUGCAUGCUGUUGAAUGUGAUGGACCCAAGCUAAAAGACUGCUUACCUGCUAUUGGUGCCCUGAAACACCUGAGAGAGUGGCACUCUGCACAGAUCACUAUUGCAGCAAGUGAUGCUAAAGGUAGCUGGCAAAAGAUUGCAGACUAUCUGUCAGCAGACUUUGUAUCUUCAGAUGAUAUAACAAAUAUCAUUGAUUUAAAUGAACUCUGGAGAGGAAAGAUUCAGAUAUGGGAAAGAAAGUUUGGAUCAGGAGUGGACUUUCCAGAAUUUUGUAUAAAGAGCACUUCAGCCAAGACAUUCAGGACUGCAAAUUUAAGGUCUUGCUUUGCUGCUAAAAAAGAGUGGCAGUCGAGGAAUACUGAUACUUUGCCAGAAGUUUUUCAUUACUAUGGUCCUGCACUAGAAUUUUUACAGAUGGUGAUGCUUUCUGAUCUACCUUCCAUUUUUGUAUCAGAUCUGGAGUUUGAGCUGAGCCUGUCAAGAAAGAAUACCAAGGAGGCAUCUACACUGCUUUUGGACCAGAUUUCUUUUCUCUCUGGGAAGGUGGGAGCUUUAUUUACACUGCCAUGUAAUGUAAGCAAUGUAGUGAUCCCAUCUCCUGCCCAGCUGAGCACCAAGAAAUGGAAGGAAUAUAUGGCUAAGAAACCCAAGGUCAUUUCUGUUCCAGAAAUUGAACUGAAAGGAGAAUCUUGCCGAUAUUAUUUCUUGCUACAAGGGAAUGGCUCUGGAGGAUGUAAAGCAACCUUGAUUCAUUCAGCUGGCCAGAUCAAUGGGAUGGCCACUCUUGCUGCAGUAAAUGGAAAGCUAAAGGCAAAAGGAGAAGAAACAGAGUCAGACUUUCAUAUUUCUGACUUUAUCAAGUCUCUGCCAUGCUAUUGUGGAGAGGACAUUGUACAGAGAGAAACAAGACUGUCUCGUCUCCAAGUGUUUGCCUUAAAGGAGUAUCUCAACAGAAAAGAAUUGACCAAGCAGCCUGCAGUUAUUUCUACCAAUGAGUUUAAAAGCUUAUUAAAACUUACAAGAGAAUGUUUUUUGGACCUGUGCAGCACUAGUCUUCCUAAGCCAGUUCUACAGAAGGUCUGCAAUAAAACCAGCUCAUGGACUGUGACGUGUGAACCUGGUUUAAUAGAGCCAAACCCAUUGGAGUGGCCAGAAAGACAUGUUCUUCAGAAUUUGGAAAACUUUGAAAAAAACAAACAAAAAAUGAGAGUUCCUCUGUUUGCACAUUCAUCUGAGCAAUUGCUGGGACAUAAAGACAGCCAGCGGGAGUCGCUGACGUUGCUGGAUGCUAAAGAGCUGCUGAAGUAUUUCACCCCCGAAGGGCUCCCCGUGGGGGAUCUCCAGCCACUCCAGGUUCCCAAGCGUGAAAAUGCAUUUCUUUUGACACCAGAGCUUACUCCUCGAAAACUCAGAGGUUUGCCUUUUGAAAAAGCAGCUGGCUGCCAUUAUCAUGGACUUGAGUAUUGUCUAGAUGACAGAAGAGCCUUGGAGAGAGAUGUGGGAUAUGCUGAACUUCAAACUCGUCUUAUUCGCUAUGAAACUCAGACUACCUGCACCAAGGAGUGCUGCCCUGUGCCACUUGUCUUGAGUCCUCUCCCGUCUCCUGCAGUCUUGUCAGAACCUGGAAGUGUCCCUGAUGAAGAGUCUUUACAAAGCGAACUCAAAACAGAGACAUCAAGGCUAAAACGCAGAUCAAAAGACCUGGAUUACUUUUAUCCCAAGAAAAGGCUAACCAAAUCUGAGAGUACAGACUCCCUCGUGUCUCAGGCAAGUGGUAGCAGCAGGAGUCAUUGUGCAGUUGCUGUGAUGAGGAAACGCUCUGAGAGAUCAGUUUCUGUGGCUGCAGUGCCCUCAAAACUGCCCGGCCAAGCCCACAGAGCAGCCAGCAAGGCUGGCUCAGCUGCAGAGCCUGAGGCCUCCAAGCAAGACAAGGAGUCGAGAUCCCAGAAACACACGAGGAUGCUGAAGGAGGUGGUUGCUAAGACUCUUCAAAAACAUGGAAUUGCAGAGGAUCAUAAGUGCUUUGCAUCAUGCAGCCAGCGUCUAUUUGAGAUAUCAAAAUUCUACUUAAAGGACCUUAAAACUUCUAGAGGACUUCUUGAUGAAAUGAAGAAAACAGCAAAUAGCAAUGCUAAACAGGUGAUUGAAUGGGUUUUGGAGAAGACUGGCAAGUAGAGGCACUGUGUGGAUUCUAUUCACACCUUCCCAGGAGUGUGGAGACAGAGCACUUCUGACUAGAGGAGCAUUAAUACUGCCCAAUGCACACACAGAUCUGCACACUGGGAGGACUUUGGUCAGUGUAACUCUAUAGACUCAUUCUUCAAGCACAGGAGCAAGGUUGAAAACUUUUUAUAAUGAAAGUUUUUAAUUUCUUUUUAAAUUCGAGUGAAAAAA